AUGCUCCUAUCUUUCGACACCCAUGGCCUCAAGCGCCUGCUGGAUUCGAUCUCCGCGCCGAUCUUCGUCGUCGACGUGCUGUCGAACCGAGAGCUGCGCUAUGCGGCCUUCAAUCGCGACAACGAGCUGCGCACCGGCCUGCGCCAUGACCAGGUUGCGGGCCGGCGGCCGGAUGAUCUGCUCGAGCCGGCGUUGGCGGACUAUCUCGCGGACCGCUACCGCGCCUGCGUCGAGGCCGGGACGGUCAUCGAAUACGACGAGAAGCUGGUCGUCGCUGGCAAAGACCGCGUCUGGAAGAUCUCCCUGUCGCCGCUGUCCGACGGAGACGGGCGGGUCAGACGGCUUCUCGGCACGGCCACCGAGGUCACGGCUCAGCGCGAUCAGGAAUCGCUGCUGCAGAACCGGGAGGCCUGGCUCACAACCCUGGUCGACGGCUCUCUCCAGGGCAUCCUGAUCCAUCGCCACAAUCGCCCGCUCUUCGCGAACACGGCCUUUGCCCGCAUCUACGGCUACAGCUCGCCAGCCGAGAUCCUGCGGGAACGCGAUCUGACCCACCUGAUCGCCCCGGAGGAACGCCAGACCAUGGCUCUGUUGAGCCAGGGCGCCAGCCAGAGGCAGCAGGUCGACCACUUCGCUUGGGCCCGCGGCCUGACCCGGACCGGCCUUCCCAUCUGGAUCGAGUUCCGGGCGCGUACCGUCGAGUGGGACGGCCAGCCGGCACUCCAGGUGACGGUGGUCGAUGUCACCGAGCGCAAGCGCUACGAGGACGAGCUGAUCGCCUCGAAGGAGAGGUUGGAGCAGCAGGCGCGUUCGCUCUCGCAACUGGCGGACGAUCUGGAGGCGGCGCGGGCCGUGGCCGUGAACGCACGGAAGGCCGCCGAGCAGGCCAACCGCGCCAAGAAUCAGUUCCUGGCCGCCAUGAGCCACGAGCUGCGCACACCGCUGAACGCCAUCCUCGGUUUCUCGGAAAUCAUCUCCCAGGAGACCUUCGGGUCCUGCAACGUGACCCAGUAUGUCGACUAUGCCCUCGACAUCAACGAGAGCGGACAGCACCUCCUGGAGCUGAUCAACGACAUCCUGGACAUCGCCAAGAUCGAAGCAGGCAAACUGGAAAUCCAGCCCGAGGUCCUGGAUCUGGAGGAGGUUCUGGACGCCUGCCGGCGACUCUGCGCCGUGAAGGCACUGGAACGCGACAUCCAGCUGCACCUCGACGUCGCGAGCGGCGCACAGGUCGUCUACGCCGACAUGCGGGCUCUGAAACAGAUCCUCUUCAACCUGCUUUCGAACGCCAUCAAGUUUUCCGAGCCCGGCGGCCAGGUCAGCCUCGCCGCCCGUCGCCUCGACAACGACUGGGUCGAACUGUCGGUCGCCGACGAGGGGAUCGGCAUCGCCGAGGAUCAGAUCACCCAGGUCUUCAAACCCUUCCACCAGGUCGACAACAGCUACAAUCGUGAGGCGGGCGGCACCGGCCUUGGCCUAGCGCUCGUCAAGUCGCUCGCCGAGCUGCAUAACGGUACGGUCGCGCUGGAGAGCCAGCUCGAUCGCGGCACCAACGUUCGCGUGACCUUUCCGCCCGACCGAAUGGUCAGGAACGGUGAAUGCCGGCGAAGAGGCGCGCCUGCGGAAAGCAGCGCCCGGGACACGGAGGUCGCGGCCGUUCCCGCGGCCCUUUACACCGGCAGCCGCUAA